CCUGGUCGCGUGGGAGCGGUGGGGUCGUCACCAAAGAGAUAGUGUCGUUACCUCACGACUGUCUUAUGUGUGACCUUGGGCCAGUGGUUUCACCCUUGGAGAAAGAGAGAGCGUGAAAGAGAGAGGAUGUCUCUCUCAGAUUGGCACCUGGCGGUGAAGCUGGCUGACCAGCCACUUGCCCCAAAGUCUAUUCUUCGGUUGCCAGAGACAGAGCUGGGAGAAUACUCACUGGGGGGCUAUAGUAUUUCAUUUCUGAAGCAGCUCAUUGCUGGCAAACUCCAGGAGUCUGUUCCAGACCCUGAGCUGAUUGAUCUGAUCUACUGUGGCCGGAAGCUAAAAGAUGACCAGACCCUUGACUUCUACGGCAUUCAACCUGGGUCUACAGUCCAUGUUCUGCGCAAGUCCUGGCCCGAACCUGAUCAGAAACCAGAACCUGUGGACAAAGUGGCUGCCCUGAGGGAGUUCCGUGUGCUGCACACUGCCCUGCACAGCAGCUCCUCCUACAGGGAGGCGGUCUUUAAGAUGCUUGGCAAUAAGGAAUCUUUGGAUCAGAUCAUUGUGGCCACCCCAGGCCUGAGCAGUGAUCCCAUUGCUCUCGGGGUUCUCCAGGACAAGGACCUUUUCUCUGUCUUUGCUGAUCCCAACAUGCUUGAUACUAAAGAAAACAGCUCCACCCUGGGAAGAGAAGGGACCUGUCAAAGAUUGCCCAGGGAAGUAGUGAUGGAGUUGAGACCGGAGACUGACCGCAGAGCCUCCCUGGCUGUACAUGUCCCAUCAUGCCUUGUGGAGGGGAAGGUGAAGUAUCUGAAGUGGAUCCCGGGACUGAAGGCCUUGCCACUGUUGCUGGGGGCAAGCAGCAGGAGGACAAAGCCAACUGGAGAGAGUUUGGUGCCUGCUCACCCAGCCCUGGUCAAUGCCAUCAUCCUGGUUCUGCACUCGGUGGCAGGCAGCACCCCGCUGCCAGGGGCUGACUCUUCUUCCCGGAGCAUGCCCUCCAGCUCAUACCGGGACAUGCCAGGUGGCUUCCUGUUUGAAGGGCUCUCUGAUGAUGAGGACGACUUUCACCCAAGCGCCAGGUCCACGCCCUCUAGCAGCACACCCAGCUCCCGCCCAGCCUCCUUGGGCUACAGUGGAGCCGCUGGACCCCGGCCCAUCACCCAGAGUGAGCUGGCCACCGCCCUGGCCCUGGCCAGCACUCCGGAGAGCAGCUCUCACACACCAACUCCUGGCACCCAGGGCCAUUCCUCAGGGACCUCACCCAUGUCCUCCGGUGUGCAGUCAGGGACGCCCAUCACCAAUGAUCUCUUCAGCCAAGCCCUGCAGCACGCCCUGCAGGCCUCCGGGCAGCCCAGCCUUCAGAGCCAGUGGCAGCCCCAGCUGCAGCAGCUGCGCGACAUGGGCAUCCAGGAUGAUGAGCUGAGCCUUCGGGCCCUGCAGGCCACUGGCGGGGACAUCCAAGCAGCCUUGGAGCUCAUCUUUGCUGGAGGAGCCCCAUGAGUUCCCUGCUCCUCCCGAGCCCCUGCAAACUGCCAAGGCAGCUGCCUAUGGGAAGCACUCCUGAAGGUGCCCCAGCUCUCCUCUCCCCCAAUACACCUGAUGGUCAACCUUC